GUCGCUCCGUGUUGUCGGUGCUUCCUGAUUCCGUCCACUUAUGAACGAGCACCGGACGUCACGAGCGCCUUCUCUGCCUGCCGCACGAGAGAAAGACAGCACCGUCCUUGCACACAGUUAGGCCGGAAAGAUCCAGAACCAUGUCCAUCCUGAAGAUCCACGCUCGUGAGAUUUUUGACUCCCGUGGCAACCCCACUGUGGAGGUCGAUCUCUACACCAAGAAAGGUCUUUUCAGAGCUGCAGUGCCCAGCGGUGCUUCCACCGGCAUCUAUGAGGCUCUGGAGCUCCGUGACAAUGACAAGACACGCUACAUGGGAAAAGGUGUCUCAAAAGCUGUUGAUCAUAUCAAUAAAACUAUUGCACCUGCACUGGUUAACAAGAAUGUGAGCGUUCUGGAGCAGGAGAAGAUUGACAAGCUGAUGCUGGACAUGGAUGGCACAGAAAACAAGUCUAAGUUUGGUGCUAAUGCCAUCCUGGGCGUCUCCCUGGCUGUGUGCAAGGCUGGUGCAGCAGAGAAGGGCGUGCCUCUCUACCGCCACAUCGCUGACCUGGCUGGAAACCCUCAAGUCAUCCUCCCCGUCCCUGCUUUCAAUGUCAUCAAUGGCGGUUCUCAUGCAGGCAACAAACUGGCCAUGCAGGAGUUCAUGAUCCUGCCUGUGGGAGCCAGCAGCUUCAAGGAGGCCAUGCGUAUUGGUGCUGAAGUCUACCACAACCUGAAGAAUGUCAUCAAGGAGAAAUACGGCAAGGACGCCACCAAUGUCGGAGAUGAGGGAGGCUUUGCACCCAACAUCCUGGAGAACAAGGAGGCUCUGGAGCUGCUGAAGAAUGCCAUCGCUAAGGCUGGCUACACUGACAAGAUUGUGAUUGGCAUGGACGUGGCUGCCUCAGAGUUCUACAAAGAUGGCAAGUAUGACCUGGACUUCAAGUCACCUGAUGACCCCAGCCGCUACAUCAGCCCUGAUCAGCUGGCUGACCUCUACAGGAGCUUCGUCAAAGAUUACCCUGUGGUGUCCAUUGAGGACCCCUUUGACCAGGAUGACUGGGGGGCGUGGUCCAAAUUCACAGCCAGCACCAGCAUCCAGGUGGUGGGUGAUGACCUCACAGUCACCAACCCCAAACGUAUUUCUAAGGGUGUGGCCGAAAAAGCCUGCAACUGCCUGCUGCUCAAAGUCAACCAGAUCGGCUCCGUUACAGAGUCCCUGCAGGCCUGCAAGAUGGCCCAGAGUAACGGCUGGGGUGUGAUGGUCAGCCACCGCUCAGGAGAGACGGAGGACACCUUCAUCGCCGAUCUGGUGGUUGGUCUCUGCACUGGACAGAUCAAGACAGGUGCACCUUGCCGAUCUGAACGUUUAGCCAAGUACAACCAGCUGCUCAGGAUUGAAGAGGAGCUCGGUGACAAGGCCCGUUUCGCAGGCCAGAACUUCAGGCACCCCAUCUGAGCUCGUCUUCCUCCUUGGGCCUCUGCGUGUUCAUUGCUCAUACUAAAUAAUCCCCACAAAUAUACGCCACACUAGGUCGCCUGCCCUGUCUGGAGAGAAGGAUAUGAAGAGAACACUGCUGAAAUCCAAGGUCCAAGUCUGAUCUGUGGCGUGGAGAGGCUGCAGGAUGUCUAAGUUCAUCACAGUUUGACUCAUCCUCAAGAUAUGCUUUAGCUCCUGAAUAGUGUGGGUCCCUAUGUUUGUGUCUGUGUAACUGUGUGAGAGAUUUUUGUUUAGCUUUUGUGAGUUGUAGUGAUUCUUGGUCCUCUACUGAGUAUUUGAGCUACUGUAACUUUAGUUGGGCUCUACCUCCAACAGUGGUAAGAGUACUGUUACGUGCAAUGUAUCGCAUCUGACAAGGUCUUGUGUUGCUGUACGCGUUGGCAGAAUAUGUAUUAAACAAUAUAGUUUGA